GCCACGUGUGCGGGCCAUGGCGGGCGGGCUGGAGCCGCACCUGGAGGCGCUGCGGCGGGAGCUGCACGGCCCCGCCGUGCUCUCCGUGCUCGUCGCGCUCAUCGUCGUCGCCGUCACCUUCCUGAUCUGGCGGUUCGUGCAGGGCAGGCGGAGCAGUCGGAAGGCCGUGCUGCUGCUGGGGCUCUGCGAUGCGGGGAAGACGCUGCUUUUCGCGCGGCUGCUGUCGGGGCGGUACCGUGACACCCAGACCUCCAUCACCGACAGCUCUGCCGUCUACAGGGUCAGCCCAGACAAGAGCACAAAUGUGACCUUGAUUGACCUUCCAGGCCAUGAAAGUCUGAGGCUGCAGUUCUUGGAGAGGUUCAAGGCCGCAGCCAGAGCCAUCGUGUUUGUGGUGGACAGUGUGGCCUUCCAGCGGGAGGUGAAGGAUGUGGCAGAAUUCCUGUACCAGGUGCUGGUGGACAGCACCGUGCUCAGGAACGCGCCCGCGCUGCUCAUCGCCUGCAACAAGCAAGAUGUCACAAUGGCAAAAUCAGCAAAACUCAUCCAGCAACAGCUGGAGAAAGAGCUCAAUACCCUGCGGGUGACGUGCUCUGCAGCCCCCACCAGCCUGGAUGGCUCAGCCACAGGGGGCCCUGCCCAGCUGGGGAAGAAGGGCAAGGACUUUGACUUCUCCCAGCUGCCCAUGAAGGUGGAGUUUGUGGAGUGCAGUGCUCGAGGCAGCAAAGGAGAGGAGGGAGAAGCUGACUUGGAGGGCCUUGAGAAGUGGCUGGUGAAGGUGGCCUGAACAGAGAUGAACAGGGCUGGGGGGCUGAAGGGAGAAAGAUGGUGUGGAGCACUCAAAUCUCAUCUUGAUGUAAAAAGAAGGAACUUCAGCUGGAAGUCAGCACUGUGUUGUCUUCCUCUGCUGCUCGUGGGCUUGGGCGCGACGUGACAAUUGCUGAUGUGAUUCCCUCUGACUGUCCCUUCAUGCUGCAAUGUUUUUAUUCUCUCCCCUCUUCCCUUGCCCUCCUCUGUGCUGCUGAACCUCUGAGCUUUUCUUUUUCCUUAAUCUUUAGGCUUUUCAUUUGGUAGUUGCAAAGCAAAUUAGGAAGGAAUGUGCUGGCAGGUGAGGUUUAGAGACUGGAGUGUGCCUCUCAUUUCUUCCUGCCAUGGUUUAAACCUUUCCCUCUCAGAGCCACUGACCCCCUUGUGGUUGGGGCUGUGAGGAGCACUACACAGGGUCCCUGUGUUGGGCAGGCAUUGAGAGAGUAUAAAACGCUGGUUUCCUCUUUGUGUCUGCCUUCCCAUCGUUCCAAACUGGUGCAGUCCCAUUUCUGUGGGGCUGGAUGAGUGUGAAAUGCCCAAACCAGACUGCCUGCCCUGCCUUAAUCCCUGGACCCAGCUCUCUGCACACAUCUGGUGAUUUCCUCUCUUGAUCAGCUCCUGGGAGGUUUUUUUCAGCUGAGGGCUGUGUCCUGUUCAUUCUGCUUCUCCUUCCAGGCUCUCCUCCCACAGCCAGGAGCAAACUAAGAGUGGCAGAGCUACAGGGGGUCAUGGCAUGAAACUGAGAUAGGCAGAGUUUUAGAUCCAUAUUUGCACCUGGGACCUGCUGUGCCAGGCAUUUGCUGUGCAGUCUCCUGCUGCCUCCUGCUCCAGUGGCUGCAGAAGGAUUUCCUUUGUGUGUCAUUAGUCAGCACUUGUGGCAAAGUGAGAGGGAAAGUCAAGGAGCUGCCAGCACGUGGGUAUGCUUCCUCCUUCUGGCAGAGAUGCUGAAGGAAGAGGGGAAACAAAUGGGAGAUUUUCCCAGUUUGUGUCUCACUGCACAUUGCAGAGUCCUCGUGCAGUGACAUUUUCCCUUUGUUUUGGCUUCCCCUGGUGUUUUAGGGUUGGCUGGCUUCUGGCAGACCAUUUUUGUAGUUUGUAGCCCCCUCUCCCCUGUGGUUUGAUGCUUCUUUCAUAACUCAUCUGUUGUGUUCUUUUGCUUCUCUGGGGCUUUUCCUGUCUCCCUGCACCAUUGCCAAGUGUUGGGAAGAGCAGGAACAGCCUUCAGCAAAGCCCCAUGCCUGUGAUGAAGCUGGUCCUUGCAUUUCCAGCCUUGAGAACCAUCCAUAACAGAGGUGGGAGGGUUAUAUUUCCCAAACAUGGCAUAUUCUGUUUCCUCCAGGCAGAGUUCUGUUGGAACAUGUUUAGCAUGCUUUGAACUCCUUUAGUUGGAGGUCUUGGGCUGCCUGCUUCCAAACCAUAAUGCUGAAGUGAUUUUGGGCAAAAAAAUUGUUGUUUCUUUGGGUGAUUGUUCAUGCAAAGACACAGAGGCCAAGCACCAGCCUCAGCUUAAGGGGAGGAAAGUGCCAUGAGGCCAUGGAGGGUUUUAAGUUAUUCUUUUUAAAAAUAUUUCUUAAGUAAAUUCUUUUUUGCUUAAAUGUU